UUUGUCAGCGGACGUGACGCCGCCGGAAGCCGCUCCGCCGAGCCAGUUCGGAGCUGGCGACAGGGUGGGCGGGGCCGGCAGAGCUGGCCGCGCGCCUUCUGGGACGCGGCCUCGUCGGGCUCGCGGGGGGCGGCGCCGUUGGAGGACCCGCCUCUGGCGCCCGCCGCGGCCGGCUCGGGAACGCUGUCACGGCCCCCGGGGGCCCGGAGCUCCUCCUCGGCGCUCACGGUUCCGCGUGGAACCCCCUCGGUUCCUCCUCGGCAACUUGAGCCCAGCGUUCUCUCGCCGUGGUUCUCCCUCUUUCGAGAGCUUCGGCCCCUACUGUCCCCUUUUUUUUCUGGAUGUGCGUGGUUCCCUGACUUCCCCUCUAAAAUGAGCAAUCAUCUACAGAGGGUCGUCCUGAAACCCACAGAGGAGAAUUCAGGCAGCGCCUCGCACUGUGUUUCAGGCUGCGUGUACCAAGUAGUUCAGACGAUUGGCUUGGAUGGAAAAAAUCUUCUGCAAUUGCUUCCAAUUCCUAAUUCUUCUGGAAAUACUGUACCACUAGUUCAAUCUUCAGUCAUGUCUGAUGCUUUAAAAGGGAACACAGGAAACCCAGUUCAAGUUACUUUUCAGACCCAGAUUUCCAGCUCUUCCAAAAGUACAUCAGUUCCAUUGCCCAUUUUCCAGCCAGCCAGUUCUUCAAACUAUCUUCUUCCAAGAACAGUAGAUACAGCAGAAAAAGGUAGAGUUAGUAAUGUGGGAACUGAAAAUUUUACUACUUCAGCCUCUACUGUUAAGAGUCAUGGUGUAAAAAUGGAUGGACUCAACAUGCAAACCUUUGCUGUUCCUCCUUCCUCAACCCAAAAUGAUUCAUCUUACGUUGUAGUCAAUAGCCAAAGCCUUCCAAUGAAAUCUUCAGUUUUGCCUUCUGGGCAUCAUUUACAGAUUCCAGCCCAUGCUGAAGUGAAAUCUGUACCAGCAUCAUCAUUGCCUCCUUCAGUUCAGCAAAAGAUACUUGGAACUGCGACCGCAAGUACCUCAGGAGCAGUGGAGACCUCCCAAAUACCAAGUGUUAUCUAUGUGUCUCCUGUCAAUACAGUGAAGAAUGUAGUUACCAAAAGUUUCCAGAAUAUUUACCCAAAACCUGUUAAAGAAAUAGCAAAGCCAGCAAUGCUAAGUACUACACCAAUUCCAGCAACUGUUACUACAGAGACGCAGUUAAAAAGUGGUCAGCAUUCUCAACCUGCUCCAGUGAAAUUCAUUUUUCAAGAAAAUCUACAGCCUUCUACUUCAGCUCUUAUUCCUGUUAAAUCUUCAAAUAAUGUGGCUUCAAAGAUUUUAAAAACUUUUGUAGAUAGGAAAAAUUUAUGUGAUACCAUAAAUAUGCCACCAUUGAAAGCCACCAAUUCUAGUGCACCACAGUCCAUAAGUGUGCCUAUUAAAGAUAAUGCUUUGGUCAUGUUUAAUGGGAAGGUGUAUCUGUUGGCUAAAAAGGGUGCAGAUGUUCUGCUAUCACAAAGUGACCAACAGAAUUCUGUUUCUCCUGAUACUCCACUAAGAAAAGAUGCAUCACAGUUAGUGAAUUCAAGUACAGUCACAGAAAUAUCCAGAGAGGUUGUGAAUAUCGUUUUGGCUAAAAGUAAAUCUUGCCAGAUGGAGACAAAAUCACUUUCAAAUAGCCACCUUGCUUCUAUGGCCAAUAUAAUGGCAGAGAAGAAUAAAAAUGUGGAGAAACCAUCUCUAUCUACCACAGAGCCAUAUAGUAUGAAUCAAUCCAAUAACUACCUUAAUCAGAGUAAGACUGUAUUUACAGAGCCAGUCUUUGCACAUGGAUUUAGUACAGGACAAAAUGCCCCCAGAAAAGAAAAUGCCAUCCAGAGCAUAGAGAAAAUAAGUUCCUCUGUUGACGCAACAACUGUUACUUCACAACAGUGUGUUUUCAGAGACCAAGAACUAAAGAUCCAGAAUGAGAUGGCAUCGAUAGUAGAAAAGGAUACUCAAGAAAGAAAUGAAAAGAAAGAUUCUCAAGGAAGAAGUAAUAAGGCAUCAUAUCUGAAGAGUGAUGCUGAAUUUAGAAAGAUAUUUGGUAUCACCAAAGAUUUAAGAGUAUGUCUCAGUCCAGUUGUUGAUUAUUUGGAUUCUGGAGAAAGUUCUGUUUCCUUUAGCAGUUCAGUGAACAGUAGUACUUUAAAGGAGACAGACCUUAUGGUGAAAGAAGAAGAAAGAAAUCAGAAUCUUGAUAAGAAAAGAAAAUCGAAAACCCCUAAGAAGAUGGAUUACACAAAGAGAAGAAAAACUAAGAACUCUGGAAACACAGCCAUAAAUGGGGGAGCAAAUGCCACCAGUUCCCAAUUUCUUAGCAGUGUUUUACCUACUUCAGAUGUAUUGCAGCAUGACAUUGUCACAAGUCACAGCAAAACUAGAGAAGACAAAAGAACUGAGACAGAACAUUGCACCAGUGAGAAACAGGAGGAGCAAGUUGUGCUGAGUUCUAAUGUAGUUUUUGAGCAAGGUCAUUCCUUUAGUAAAAAUUACACUGAAGAUAUGUUCCCAACAACACCACCAGAGUUAGAAGAAACCAUUCGAGAAGAAAAAAUAAGAAGACUUAAGCAGGUGCUGAGAGAGAAAGAAGCAGCUCUUGAGGAAAUGCGUAAGAAAAUGCACCAAAAAUAAAGUGUCCUAUCCUUAAAGA